GUUUUGGCUUGUGAUCAAGGAAGAUGGGCACAUGGUUACAGCUCGCCAGGAGCCGCGACUGGUCCUCAUUUCUGUAGGCAGUGAAAACGGGCACUUGACCUUGGAGGCCCCAGAAAUGAAGAAGCUGUCUGUGCCUGUAAAGCUCCCCAGGAAAAAUCCCGUGUACAACUGCAGGGUGUUUGGACUGGAUAUCCAAGGCAGGGACUGUGGAGAUGAAGUGGCUCAGUGGAUCACUGCUUUCCUGAAUUCACAGCCCUAUAGACUGGUGCACUUUGAGCCCUCCAUGGUGCCAAGGAAGUCAAAGGACAUAAUGAACCUUUUCCGAACCACAGAUGAGGUUGCCUAUCCUGACUGUUGCCCAGUCUUGAUGAUCUCAGAAGCUUCACUGGAAGAUUUAAAUACCAGGAUGGAGAAGAAAGUUAAAAUACAAAACUUCAGGCCGAAUAUUUUUGUAACAGAUUGCAGUGCUUUUGAGGAGGACACCUGGGAGGACAUUCUUAUUGGCGAUGCGGAGAUGAAAGGGACGGUGUGCUGUGCCAGGUGUAUUUUAACAACUGUCGACCCAGACACUGGGGUCCUGGACAGGAAGGAGCCCCUGGAAACGUUGAAAAGUUACCGCUUGUGCGAUCCGUCUGAACGACACAUAUACAAAUCCAGCCCUCUGUUUGGGAGAUACUUUGCCAUUGACAAAACCGGAACGAUUCAAGUUGGAGACCCUGUGUACAAGAUGGUCGAGUAA